AUGAAGUUUCUGAUUAUUCCAAACUCAGAGACACAAUGGAAGGAGUUGUGGCAUAUCAAUACUUGUCCAAGAGUUAAGCAUUUCUGGUGGAAAUGCCUGGUAGACAUUCUGCCAACAAAUGUGAGACUACAACGUUCCUGUAGAUACAUAAACAACAUCUUCCCCUUAUGCAAGCAGUUUUAUGAAGAGGUUACACAUGUUCUGUUUACUUGUCCUUUUUCAAGAGCGGUUUGGAUGCGUAUUCCAGGAGGUUCAAGUGUUUUAGUUGGGCUUCACACCAAUAUUGCUGUUGUGUUUGAAUCAUGGGUAAAACUAUCUCAACAGUCCAUUUCAAACUCAAAUUGGUUAAACUUGGCGAUAAUAGUUUCAUGGUCUAUUUGGAAUGAACGUUGUGAAGUGCAGUUUCAAAAUAAGAAGGCUAAUCCCGAGUUAGUUUCUAGGAAAGCUAUGAGUUUUGCUGCUUACAUAGAAGGUUUAAAUGUUAAGCAGCAAACCAGGGUGGUGAUGAUACAUGAUAACAUACAUGCACACUGGAAACCUCCUGCAUAUCCUUACCUUACUAUAAAUUGUGACGCCUAUUUUGAUAAACACACAGGACUGACAGGUAUUGCCCUUGUUUUGCGUGAUUUUGUAGGGCAAUGGAGGGGAUGCUCAACUAAAUGCUAUGCAGGAGUAAAAGACUCUGAGCAUGCAGAAUGUCUGGCAUUCUUAGAAGUUUUCAAAUGGAACAGAAAUAUGCAACAAACACAUGUGGUUUUGGAGACUGAUCUGCAAGGAAUCGAAAGCUACAUCACCAAGCAUGCACCUGUGAUAUCUUGGGAGUAUGAAGACAUUCUUCUUGAUGCCAUUGAGUGUCUGAAAAACAUCCCUCAUUGGGAAUGUCAUUUUUUUUCUAUAUCAUGUAAUAAACCUGCUGACAUAUUAGCUAAGUACAACAGCCGUAAUAGAGUUACUAGGGUAUGGUUAGAUAAACCUCCUGAUUUUAUUGAGAGUUCAUUGCUGGAAGACAUUGUAACAGUUUCUAGUUAA